CAGCUGGGAAAGGAAGAAAGGAGACGAGGGAGCAAAAGGACGCCGAGGAGAGGCUGUGGUCACGGAGAGGUGGACGCGACUGCUGGGCACAGACCUCCCUGCACUCAGGAAGGCCGAGAUCAUCGGGCUACUGCCUGGGCUUGUUGAUGAGGCAACCGGACUGAGAGGAGCAUGGGGCACCGGCCAGUUGCCCUGGGGGAGAGGAGACGCCAGCGGCAACGACCGCGGUUGGUCCCAGAGCCUGGGACUGAUCGGACAUGGCUGGUCCCACUCUGGCUAUGCUUGUGCGCCGCAGGGGGCUGCUCAGGACAGGUGUACAAUCUCAGCCUGGCAGUGGACGAAGGGCUACCCGCAGAUACUCUCGUGGGGGACAUCAGCGCAGGUCUGCCUCCAGGUGAGGCACACCCGGGUGGCUUCUUCCUAUCCGAGGGAAGUGGCGAGUCAGCAGUGCUGGCGGAUUUCCACGUGCACACAGACACCGGCAUUAUUCGCACCGCGCGGCUGCUGGACCGAGAGCGCCGGGCGCACUACAGCUUCGUGGCGGCCACGCUGCGCGGGGAGAUGGUGCAGGUGGAGAUCACCGUCACCGAUGUGAAUGACCACGCACCCCGCUUCCCGCGCGAGUGGGUGCGCCUCAACAUCUCCGAGCUCAGUCCCCCCGGCAGCGCCUUCCGCCUGCCGGCAGCCCGAGAUCCGGACGCGGGCAGUUUUGGCACGCAGGGCUACUCCUUGCUGCCGGGCGACCAGGACGGGGAUCAGGAAGAAGGUCCGUUUUUCCAGCUGCGCUACGCGACUCCCCCAGACACCCUGGACCUGCUCUUGCUGCGACGGCUGGAUCGAGAGAGGGCGGACACGCACCGGCUGCUGGUGGAGGCAUGGGACGGCGGCAGCCCUCGGCGGAGCGGCCGCCUCCAGGUAGAGGUCCACGUGCUGGACGAGAACGACAAUGCGCCCGCCUUCGGGCAAAGCGAGUACCGCGCCCGCGUGCGAGAGGACGCGCCAGCGGGCAGCUUGGUGUGCCGCCUCUCGGCCACCGACCCGGAUCUGGGCACCAACGGCGAGGUGCGCUACAGCCUUAGCCGCCGCCAGGGCGACCCUUCGGCCGCCGCCUCCUUCGAGGUGGACGAGCGCACGGGGCUGCUGCGCCUCCUCCGGCCGCUGGACCGUGAGGCUCGCGCGCUUCACCGCCUGACCGUGGAGGCCCGCGACAGCGGCGCCCAGCCCGAAGUGGCCACCGCCUUGGUCGCCGUCGAGGUGGUCGACGUGAACGACAACGCGCCGGCCAUCCACCUGCUCUACCUCACCGAAGCCGGCGCCAGCGUCUCCGAGGGGGCCGGGCGCGGAGACUACGUGGCCCGCGUGUCCGUCUCGGACCCGGACGAGGAGGAGGGCGGCGGCGGCGUGGCGCUCAGCCUGCAGGGCGGCGACGGCGUCUUCUCGCUGCGGCCCUCUGGCGGCGACAGCAGCGGCGUCUAUUUCCUCUGCGUAGAGGGGCCCCUGGACAGAGAGCAGCGCGACGUCUACGAGCUCCGCCUGGUGGCCGUCGACUCGGGCGCGCCGCCCCUUUCUUCGCAGCGGGCGCUGCAGGUCCGCGUGGCCGACCUCAACGACCAGGCGCCCGCCUUCGCACAGCCUCGCUACCGGGCCGCCGUCUCGGAAGCCGCCUCGCCUGGCACCGUCGUGCUCCGCCUCAGCGCAUCGGAUGCCGACGAGCCCGGCUCCCCCAACGCUGAGCUGCGCUACGCCUUCGCCCCCCGCCAGCAGCACAGCGCGCUUCUCCACCUCGACCCGCUCAGCGGCGUCCUCAGCACCCAGGCAGGGCUGGACCACGAGCGGGAAGCAGUGCUGGAGGUGCUGGUGCUGGCUGCGGACUUGGGGGAGCCGCCCCUGUCGGCCUCGUGCCUGGUGAGCGUCAGCGUGGAGGAUGCCAACGACAACGAGCCUGUCUUCGAGCACCAGGUGUACAACGCCAGCUUGGCCGAGCACUCCAAGGCCGGCCACUGCCUGCUGCAGGUCAAGGCAACGGACAGAGAUUCAGGCCAUUAUGGACUUAUUGAGUAUUUUCUUUAUGAUGGAUUUCAUAACUAUGAAAAAUCAAAAGCUUUCCAGAUAGACUCAAGCACUGGACACCUAUGUGUGUCUCAGGACAUUGACCAUGAAGAGGACCCCUCGACAUAUGAUCUCUUAGUGAAAGCAACAGAUGGGGGUGGGCUAAGUGCCCAGGCUUUUGUUCGCAUUGAGAUAGAAGACAUUAAUGACAAUCACCCUGUCUUUAGCCCAGUGACUUACACAACAAGCAUCAGCAGUCAUACACAACCAGGCACAGAAAUCAUCAAUGUUGUAGCUACAGACAAGGAUUCUGGGAUAUAUGGAGUUGUGACUUACGAAUUGGUACCAGGGGACAUCUCAUCACUGUUCACCGUGGACACAUCUACAGGAAUUAUUUAUCUAAUAUCAGCUCUUAGUAACUUGGAACAUUUUAGUGUGCUGUUGACUGUUUCUGCCCGGGAUGGCGGUGGUCUUUGUUCUGUUGUCAAUGCAGUUGUGACAGUAAGGAUCCUGCAGACCUCUGUGGCUCCGGCUGUAUUUGAGAGAUCACGUUAUGCUUUUUCCAUCCCUGAAGAUGUCCCCGAAGGCAGUGCUGUUGGAACAGUGAAAGCAAGGGAGCCUUUGAAUUUCUUAGAAACUAUUUCUUAUAGAAUUUCUUCUGGUGAUCCCUUUGGAAGAUUCUCUAUUGACCCUCAGUAUGGCAUAAUCUACACGAAAAAACAGCUUGACCAUGAAAUCCAUUGUCAUAUAGUUCUUACAGUACAGUCACAACUGGGAAACUCCCCUGUCUACAGCAGUGCCCAAGUCAACAUAACAGUAAUUGACAUUAAUGACAACCCUCCGGUGUUUGCAGUGGAAUCUGAUCAGAUAAAUAUAUCACAAAGCACAAUACCUGGCACAGCUCUUUACAUUGCCCAUGCAGAAGACAAAGACAGUGGGCUAAAUGGAGCAAUCCGAUACACCAUUGGAAGCAAUGAAUCAAGUGUGUUUAACAUUGAUCCAGUCCUUGGGGUGCUUUAUCUUGCCAGGACUCUGGCUGGUGAUGAGCAGCAUGAACACACAGUACACAUCACAGCAGAAGAUCAUGGAAGUCCUCCUCUGAAUUCUCUUCUGAUCCUGACAGUGAGAAUUGAUGAGAAAAAGGGACGCCCCACCUUGACUUUUGAAAAUUUGGUGUAUCAGGUGGAAGUUAGUGAGACAUCUCCCAUUAAUGCGAGAAUUCUGCAAAUCCAAGCCUGGAAGCUAGAUACACAACAUACCCCUGGGGAGGUUGUGUACUUCCUAGAACAUAACAUAGAUUCUACUUCAUUUAGAAUUGAUCCAGAAACAGGCGAGAUUUUCCUGAGGAACCCUUUAGAUUAUGAACUUAUGCAAACACAUAGUUUCAGAGCUUUUGGUACGAUCCAAAUGGAUAAGUCAGGGCAAAAUGCAAGUACAUUAGUGAUUGUUAAUGUGAUUGACGAAAAUGACAAUUCUCCUGCAUUCAUGUGUGAUGCCUAUUUUUUUGACAUUGAGGAAAGUUCAUUGCCCCAAGGAGUAGUUGGCACAGUCACUGCAGUUGACGGCGACUCUGGGAGAAAUGGGCAGCUCUCCUAUUUCCUCUUAUCUGAUGGGAAAUAUUUCAAAAUCAAUUCCAAUACAGGUGAAAUUAUUAAUUGGGUUGCUUUGGACCAUGAACAGCAAGCUCACCACCAACUAUUCAUUCUAGUGACUGAUCAUGGUGCCCCGCGACACAAUGCCACAGUUACUGCCUAUAUCUCAGUCACUGACAUCAAUGAUAACCACCCAUCCUUCCCCCAACUUCCUUCAGGAGCAGAGCUGCACAUCAAGGUUUUGGAAGGGCAACCUGCAAGAACACUUAUUGCCAGUCUCUAUGCCAAAGACCUUGAUUCUGGAAACAAUGGGAUGGUGUUGUAUUCCUUGUCAUCAGGGGAAAGUUUAGGUCAUUUUCAGAUUGACAGGAACAGUGGUGAAUUAAGAACCACAGAAGCACUUUUAUAUAGUUGGUGUUCAAGUUACAGAAUGGUAAUCACUGCAGCUGACCAGGGAAUCCCUCCACUUCAAGGACAAACAGUCAUCAACAUUGAGGUAAUCCCGCUUCCCACAGGGAGAUCUCUCUCUUCCCAAAACAUCAGACAUUUUGUCAUACCAGAAAAUUUUAGGCCUGCACAAGUACUGGGUUCUGUAAGACUGUCUGGUCAGCAUCCGUAUACCAACAGAAAACAGCAUUUUAGUAUAUCUGAAGAAGACUCUGAUGUUCCAUUUGAAAUCGACCGUUUCAGUGGCAAUCUCUUUCUUUCCAAAGAACUUGAUUAUGAAACAACAUCUCACUACUUUUUUAGAGUUAUGGUAAUUGAUUAUCUGAAUAGUCCUCCACAGAAUAAUACUGUUUUUCUCACUAUUGGUGUCGAAGAUCAAAAUGACCACUCACCUUCUUUCCAGAAUGACUUUGUUGUAAUCGGAAUUGAGGAAAAUGUGCCCAUUGGCACUUUGGUGUAUACAUUUAAUGCAAGAGAUGACGAUGGAAGUUUUCUAAACAGCAAUCUGCAGUACUCUAUACACAGAAACGACUUCACUGAAAAUCCAUUUCUCAUUCAUCCUUCACAUGGUAGCUUGAUCACAGCGGCUCCCCUUGACCGAGAAAUGACUCAGUCUGUUGUCCUGAGAGUAGUAGCAGCAGACCAGGCUGUAAAUGUGACUGAUCGCAAGCAGGGUUCACUGACUGUAAAAAUUAUCAUUUUGGAUGUCAACGAUAACUGUCCUAGCUUUAUUUCAUCUCCUGUUUCCUACAUCAGAGAGGAUUCAGUGGUAGGCUCUCUAGUGCAUCAUGUAACUGCACAGGAUCCAGACCAAGGAAAGAAUGGACAAGUCACAUAUCACCUUCUCUCAAGCAGUGAAGACCACGCAUUUGUACUAGACAAAACUACAGGGCUGCUAACAGUCACCCAUGCCUUGGAUCAUGAGUGCCAAGAAUCCUACAACUUGACCAUUCUGGCUCUUGAUGGUGGCACUCCAACUCUUUCUGCAACUCAGACUCUGACAGUAAUUGUUCUUGAUGUCAAUGAUGAAGAGCCAGUGUUCACAAAAGCUCUAUAUGAAGCUUCCAUCUGUGAAAAUGGAGAUCCAGGAGAAGUGGUCAUUAAAAUAGAAGCUGUAGAUAAAGAUUCAGGAACCAAUUCCCUGCUUCGAUAUGAAAUUUUGCCAGGACCUGGGUAUGAGAUGUUUCAGAUAAACUCAAUUACUGGAGAUAUUUCAACAGCCAUCUCUCUUGACAGGGAGACUCAAGAGAUCUUCACAAUUAGAGUUCUGGUUCGAGACAAUGGAAGCCCCGUUUUAUCUAGCACAGCAUCAGUUGUCUUCAGAGUGCUGGAUGAAAAUGACCACAUUCCUAAGUUCCUUCUUCCUGUUUCUGAGGUCCAAAUUCUGGAGAAUCAAGAGCCGUCAACAGUAUCCACUCUACUGGCUGUGGACAAGGAUGCUGCUAGUAAUGGAACUGUGCAAUAUCAAAUCAUUGGUGGAAACAUUAGAGGAUACUUCGCAUUGCACAAAACAUCAGGAGAACUUGUCACCACUUGUGGCUUAGACAGAGAGGCUGCCAGCAACUUCACCCUGAUUAUUGAAUGCUCGGACCUGGGCAAGCCCCCAAGAAGCUCCAUAAUCCAACUGCAAAUCACAGUCCUGGAUGAAAAUGACAACAGUCCAUUGUUUUCAAGGAACCACUAUCAAACCUUUGUGAGAGAGGAUCUUGGAGAAGGGUCAGCAGUUCUUGAACUGUUUGCUGUAGAUGCAGAUGAGGGUCCAAAUGGAGAGGUCACAUAUUCACUUAUUGAUGACGCCUUUGGAGCAUUUAAGAUUAAUAAGAUUACUGGUGCUGUCACUACUAGAAAACUUCUAGACCGGGAAAUAAAAUCCCAGUAUGUAUUUAGGGUCAUGGCAACAGACUCUGGCAUCCUGGGGUCAAGAAGCAGUAGUGUUAUCAUAAUGAUACACGUUGAGGAUGUCAAUGACAAUAGUCCUUUUUUUCUACAGAACCCUAUCAAAGCGUAUGUAUCUUCUCAAACAUCUGUAAAUCAGACAAUAGCUACUGUGAGAGCCAGUGACUUAGACCUAGGACUAAAUGGAGCUGUGAAAUUUAGGUUUGUGACACGUGAAACCAUGCUUCAGAUAGAUCCAAGCACAGGAGAAAUCUUUCUGCAAGAAUCUGUACCUCGCAAAGGUUUCAUUACCCACCACCUGAUAAUGGCUUCAGAUCAAGGGGUCCCAGCUAGAACGGCUACUGCUCUGUUAGCCGUUUAUUCUGAAGCAGAAACAGAAAUUCUUUCAUUCAGUCAUAAUCAAUAUGAAGCAACUGUGCCUGAAAACAGUGAAAUAGGCACCUCUGUUUUCACUGUAGCUGCUUAUGACCAUAGUUUGAUGGGAAAGAAUUUAAAACACACCAUCAUCAGUGAGCAUGAAGAUAUUUUCUCCAUCCACCCCAUCAUGGGCACAAUCACUGUAAAACAACCCAAGUUUCUUGACUAUGAAGUCAGGAAAAAGGUGCAUUUUGUGAUCUUGGCUGAAAAUGGCCUCAGUUCAGCAUUGUGUGAGAUGACAGUGUUGAUACAAGACAUGAAUGAUAAUGUACCUCAGUUUGAGCAAAGCUGUUCUGAAACAUCCGUGUGGGAAGGCCAGGUCAACAAUACAUACAUCUUGCAGAUCUAUGCAACAGACCCCGACAGUGGACUAAAUGGAGAAAUUGAAUAUUCCAUUAUAUCUGGCAAUACAAAUAAAGCAUUCCUCAUUGAUUCAGCACAAGGCAUUAUAUCAACCAAUACAGUCUUGGAUCGUGAAGACUUUUCAUCAUAUAGGUUGGUUGUGCAAGCUGUUGACAAAGGAACUCCCAGACUAUCUGCGACAAGCACAGUAGAAAUAAAAGUUGUGGAUGUCAAUGACAAUGCUCCAACUCUGCAGCCAUUAGGCUUUGUAGAGCUCCCAGAAAACACUCCACCCGGCUUCCUGGUGAAGCAAGUAUUGGCCGAUGAUGUGGACCUGGGCCCACCUCUUUGCUACAGUUUUGCUGAGGAUGGCAAUCCCGGAAUGAGAUUUGCAAUUGACCAAUACAGGGGAAUAAUCACAUUGGUGAAGGCAUUAGAUUUUGAAGAACUUGCUCAACUUGAACUCUUGAUCAAAGUCUCAGAUUCUGUGCAUGAAACCACAGAACAACUUCUAAUCCUUAUUUUGGAUGUCAAUGAUAAUUCACCAGUAUUUACUCAGGAUACAUAUCAGGUGAUGAUACCAGAACUUAUGUCAUUAGAUGCCCCAUUCUUGACGGUGUAUGCCAGAGAUAGGGAUUCAGAGCAUAAUGGAAAUAUAUCCUACAGAAUUAUUUCACCCACUGAUGUAUUUUUUGUUGAUCCGCAAAAUGGCACACUAUUCCUUGUUAAACCAGUGACAUACGAAGACAAGAAUCCAGUUAUUCAGCUCCUUAUAGAAGCCAGAGACAAUGGAGAUCCUCUUUUGACUGCUGUUACUUCAGUAGACAUACAGAUACAGGAUGUGAACAACUAUGCCCCUCAGUUUACAAUGCCAGUUUAUAAUCUCAGUGAACUUCCCCAUGCUGUUUACACCGAGAAUGUCUAAGAAUUAUUUGAGGUUGCAAGAUUGCCCCUUUUAAGUUUGCAAUUGCAGAUUUCCGUGGACCUCUUUGAAAAAUGGCACAGUGGCAGUUUUCUGUGACAGCAUUUGCAACAAUGAGAGCAGCCAGGACUUUCCCACUGUUGGUUACAGAAUGGCUUGUGCUCAUGGUUCUUUGCUUUCUAUAGCCACAAAGCGAUCCAGCUGCAUGUGUGGUUUUUUGGAUCGCAGCCAGGAUAUUUUGCUCUACUUCUGGCUUGUUACAGGAAGCAUGAAGGAUUAUCAUAGCUUUUAAAGAUCUGUUACACAAGUUCUUUCACACAGCAGAUUUUUCGUUCUUGAUAUGAAACAAUACCAAACCAAACAGACCAAAUGGACAGCAUUAAUUUAUGAACUGUUUGUACCAAAAAUGUAAGGUCAGUAGAAUAACCUGUGUAAUUGCAUAACAAAAUAAUGUAAUGGUAUUUUAAAUAUAAUUUUCAAAAUAUUUUUUCUACUGUGAAACCUUAGUUGUUAUUUGCUUGUUUUCCUACUGAAGCAAGGUACUCAAGCGUCAGAUGGCCCAAGGCUCCGGUUGUCUGAAUCUUUCCUGAGCCACCUGUACCAAAGUAAGCAAUAGGUCUGGGUCUAAAGAACUGGCCUAAGGAGGGCUUCAUUCUAUAGGACUCAUUCCCAGACUGAGAUACUAUUUUUAUAAUAUUAUAGUAGCUAUUGGGGUGUAAUUGUAGACCUUUUUGUUUUUCCGAGCUAUGGGCAGCUGUAGACUUGAGAUGGACAGUGAUCUCACCAAUGAUGUCUAGAAAGCUAUUCUGAAUACCACCAUUUGCUUUGGAUCUCCAGCAAAAAGAAGCCUUAAAAGUCUCUUGCUUGUACAGCUAAAUGGAGAAUAUUUGGAACUCUCUCAAACUGAUUCAACAUAUACUUCUGAAGAAUUAUUUCUGUACAUGUAGUUGAAAAAGUUAUCACAACGUAUGUUCACACAGUGAGCCCUGUCUAUUGCAUCACAUACCUUUUUGAAUCUGGAACUGAGACCCUCUCUGCCAUAUUAAGCACAACCCCACAACCAAAAGAAAAUAAAUUAUUCUAUACAGAA